UAAACCAGAGGACGGAGAGCGCAGCCUACAUCUCUGUGGUCUAUGACCAUGAGCCAGGUCACAUCAGUGCUUGUGACACAAGUGAUCGUGAGGUUGGCUGCCUUCGUUACAUGUAAAAUAAUUGUUAAUUUAAUGUUUGCAAUUUAAUGUCAUUUGCAUUCAACGAUUUUUUUCAAAUACUGAAAAAUCACUUAGCCUAAUCAAAAAUGGCAGAUAAUGAACACAAAGCUGUACAGUUAAUUGCUGAAGCUGAAAAAAAGUUAACAUCAACCAAAGGUUUCUUUAAUUCACUAUUUGGUUCAUCAAAAAUUGAAGAAGCUGUCGAAGCUUAUCAAAGAGCUGCAAAUCUUUUUAAAAUGUCAAAAAAAUGGAAUGAAGCUGGAAACUCUUUUUGCCAAGCAGCUGAUCUUAAUUCUAAAGCUGGGAGCAGACAUGAUGCUGCUUCCAACUAUAUUGAUGCUGCUAAUUGCUACAAGAAAUCAAAUGCUCCAGAAGCUGUCAACUGCUUAUUAAAAGCUAUUGAAAUAUACACUGACAUGGGCCGUUUCACAAUGGCAGCAAAGCACCAUCAGAGCAUAGCUGAAAUAUAUGAAAAUGAAGCGUUAGACUUGGAAAGAGCUGUCCAGCAUUACGAACAAGCUGCCGACUACUUUCGUGGAGAAGAAAGUAAUUCAUCUGCAAAUAAAUGUCUUCUAAAAGUAGCACAGUAUGCCGCUCAACUUGAGAAUUAUGAGAAAGCCAUUAAAAUUUAUGAACAGAAUUACAAACAAUAG